AUGUUAACAGCAGCACGUCUGGAUACCUUAUUUUUAGGAGCACAAAAGAUCAGCGGCGACGAUGUGCGCCAGCAAACAAUGUUGGCUGCUCAAACAGUUGCUAAUGUAGUCAAAUCAUCACUUGGACCUGUCGGGUUAGAUAAAAUGCUAGUUGACGAUAUUGGGGACGUUACAGUGACCAAUGAUGGUGCAACUAUAUUGUCGCUAUUGGAAGUGCAGCACCCAGCUGCCCAGAUUUUGGUGGAAUUGGCGCAACAACAAGAUCGUGAAGUUGGCGAUGGAACUACUAGUGUUGUUAUAAUUGCCGCUGAACUAUUGAAAAGAGCCCAUGAAUUGGUGAAAAGUAAGAUCCACCCUACUACCAUCAUAAGCGGCUACAGAUUGGCUUUGAAAGAAGCUAUAAGAUACAUGAAUCAGUCUUUAUCACAAAAUGUAGAAUCCUUGGGUAAGGAAACAUUGGUCAACAUUGCAAGAACAUCAAUGUCCUCAAAGAUUAUUGGUGCAGAUUCCGAUUUCUUCAGCAAGAUGGUUGUGGAUGCAAUGUUGGCUGUAAAGACAACUAAUGGAAAGGGGGAAGUGAAAUACCCCGUUAAAGCUGUUAACAUUUUAAAAGCUCAUGGUAAAUCAUCCUUGGAAUCGGUAUUGGUCGAUGGCUAUGCCUUGAACUGUACUGUAGCAUCACAAGCUAUGGUCAAGCUGAUAAAAAAUGCCAAGAUUGCUUGUUUGGAUAUCAAUUUACAAAAAGCAAAAAUGGCUAUGGGUGUUCAUAUCAACAUUGAGGACCCCGAUCAAUUGGAAGAAAUUAGAAAAAGAGAAUAUGGAAUAAUAAUUGAAAGAAUACAAAAAAUUUUGAGUUCUGGUGCUAAUGUGAUUUUCACAACCAAAGGUAUCGAUGAUUUGUGUUUAAAAGAAUUUGUUGAAAAUGGAUGCAUGGCAGUUAGACGUUGUAAGAAGGAGGAUUUGAGAAGAAUAGCUAGAGCCACGGGAGGUACAUUGGUGUCAUCCUUGAGUAAUUUGGAAGGUGAAGAAACUUUUGACGCAAGCAAUCUAGGUCACGCAGAAGAAGUCCAGCAAAUCAGAAUCAGUGAUGAUGAAUGCAUUUUGAUAAAAGGUACGAAGCAACAUACAUCAAGCUCAAUCAUUUUGCGUGGUGCCAAUGAUUAUUCAUUGGACGAGAUGCAAAGAUCCAUACACGAUGCAUUAUCAGUUGUUAAGAGGACAUUAGAAAGUGGAAAUGUUGUACCAGGUGGAGGAGCAGUUGAAACAGCAUUGAAUAUAUACUUGGAAAACUUUGCUUCAACUGUUGGGUCAAGAGAACAAUUGGCUAUAUGGGAAUUUGGUGCUGCAUUAUUAGUCAUUCCUAAAACAUUAGCAAUAAAUGCUGCCAAAGAUGCUUCAGAAUUGGUGUCUAAAUUAAGAACAUAUCAUGCAAUGGCUCAGAUGGCAAAGACGAGUGACGAAAAGAGGCAAAAGUAUAAGAAUUACGGAUUAGACUUGAUCAAUGGGAAAGUUGUAAAUGAGGCCACUCACGGUGUCUUGGAACCAACAGUGUCCAAGAUCAAAUCUUUAAAGUCAGCAUUGGAAGCAUGCGUAUCGAUUUUAAGAAUUGAUACAAUAAUUGAAGUUUAUCCCGAGCCGCCAAAAGAGGAUCCACAUGAUCAUUGA